AUGGGCAUCUGCAUCUGGAAGGAGAGUAUGGCCACAAAGACGAUACUGAUAGUGGUGCUGCUGCUUGAUCUGCAGUGUCAGAUGGUGUGCGACACACAUUCCAUUAACUGCACCCCCUGUGAUGACCCCCUGCCUAUUUUCCAUGAAUUUUAUCAGCCAGGAGACUUUAUCAUUGGUCAGAUCGUCAGUCACAUCUUCUUGCUUCACGAUUCUCCCUCGUUCCAAGAACAGCCCACGGAGAAGCUGAUCGAUGAACGUUUCUCGGUGCCAAAGCACUACCAGAACAUCCUGGCAUUGGUAUUUGCUAUAAAAGAGAUUAAUGAAAAUCCAAAGUUCUUAUCAAAUAUAACCUUGGGUUUCCACAUCCUUAGUGGUUACUACUUGGCAAAGAUCACCUACAAAGCCACCCUGAACCUGCUUUCGACACACAAUAUGUUCAUCCCCAACUACAGAUGUGAUGCUCAGGAAAGAUUAAUAUCUGUCAUUGGAUCACGCCUCACCGAAACCUAUGCCAGCAUGGCCACCAUCUUGACUAACUACAAAAUUCCUCAGUUCACUUAUGAAUCAUUUACACCAGCACAUGGUGAUAGAAUACUUUUCCCAUCCAUGUAUGAAAUGGUCCCCAGUGAGUCCUUUCAGUACAUGGGGGUUGCCCAGUUACUUCACUACUUCAAAUGGACAUGGAUAGGGCUAUUUGCUGUAGAUGAUGACAAUGGGGAGAAGUUUUUGCAGACAGUGACACCCCUGCUCUCCCAGAAUGGAAUCUGCUUUGACUUCAUUCUAAGAACCCCUAAACGGACUGAUACUAAUGAUUUGAUAGAACAGCUUUUAAGCCUGCUGGAGAAAUAUCCAGUUCUUGUAAAUAGCACCGCAAAUGCAUAUUUCAUAUACGGACUAUCUACAUCCAUGUACACUUUGAGGAUGUUGCUGGGUAUGGCACAACAAUCUUCGUUGCCACCUCUGAGUAAAGUGUGGAUUGUUACAUCACAAUGGGGUUUUGAAUCGGUUUCCCUUCAAAGGAUUUGGGACACACAGAUCUUCCAUGGAGCAAUUUCCUUCACAGUUCAUUCCAAUCAGCCACCAGGAUUCCAAAACUUCCUUCAGAUCAUAAAACCUUCCAAGGCAAAAGGUGAUGGUUUUAUCCAGGACUUUUGGGAGCAGGCGUUUGACUGUUCCUUUAAACAUUCUGAUGAAUCUGAAGAAAUCAAAAAACCUUGCACUGGAGAGGAGAAACUGGAAAGUCUUCCUGGGACUUUGUUUGAAGUGAGCAUGACAGGACAAAGCUACAACGUCUACAAUGCUGUCUAUGCUGUGGCACAUGUUUUGAAUGCCUUGGAUACAUUUCAGUUCAAAUCAAGAGCACUGGUCCAACAAAGGGAGUGGAAAUUUCAGAAUCUGGAACCAUGGCAGCUCCACCACUUCCUGAGAAGCGUGCCCUUCAACAACAGUGCUGGAGAUGCUGUGAGUUUCGAUGAACGUGGAGAACUAAGAGCAGGUUUUGAUGUUACUAACUGGAUCACUUUCCCAAACAACUCUUUUGCUAGAGUGAAAGUGGGCAGACUGGAUCCUCAUGCUGUGCCAGGAAAUGCAUUAACUCUACAUGAAGAUCGAAUUGUGUGGCCUAGAAGCUUUAACCAGGUGGUGCCCCAUUCUUUGUGCAAUGAUCCAUGCCAUCCUGGCUAUAGCAAAGAAAAGAAGGAAGGAGCAAAAUUUUGCUGUUAUAACUGUGCUCUCUGUCCAGAAGGAAUGUUCUCAGACCAGAAGGACAUGGAUGCCUGUGUCAAAUGCUCAGAAGACAGAUAUCCAAACAAGAAACAGAAUGAAUGCAUUCCCAGGACUCGAAGCUUCCUUUCUUACAAAGAAUAUUUGGGCAUUGUUUUAGCUGUGAUGGCUCUUUCAUUCUCUUUGAGCACUGCCUUGGUACUGGCAAUAUUUGUGAAGCACCAAAACACACCCAUAGUCAAAGCCAACAACCGUCACCUUUCCUACAUUCUCCUCAUCUCCCUUCUGCUUUGCUUCCUAUGCUCCUUGCUGUUCAUCGGGAAACCUGGAAAGGUGACCUGCCUUCUCCAACAAACAGCUUUUGGUAUCAUUUUCUCUAUGGCUCUUUCCAGUGUGUUGGCCAAAACCAUCACUGUGGUUUUAGCAUUCAUGGCCACCAAACCGGGAUCCAGGGUGAGAAAAUGGGUGGGGAAAAGAAUGGCAAACUCUCUUGUUCUUUCCUGCACCUUUGUCCAAUCAGGUAUUUGUACUCUUUGGCUAAGUACUUCCCCUCCAUUCCCAGAUACAGACAUGCAUUCACUAAAUGGGAUAAUCAUACUGAAAUGCAAUGAGGGAUCAACUGCCAUGUUUUACAGUGUCUUGAGCUAUAUGGGUUUCUUGGCCAUCGUUAGCUUCACAGUGGCUUUCCUAGCCAGGAAGCUACCUGACAGUUUCAAUGAAGCUAAGUUUAUCACUUUUAGCAUGUUGGUUUUUUGCAGUGUCUGGGUGUGUUUUGUCCCUACCUACCUGAGCACCAAAGGAAAAUAUAUGAUUGCCGUGGAGAUCUUCUCCAUUUUGGCCUCCAGUGCUGGUUUACUGGGUUGCAUUUUUUCCCCAAAAUGUUACAUUAUCAUAAUGAGACCUGAGCUGAACAAUGCAGAGCAUGUUAUAAGGAGAAAGAAAUGA